AUGGCUGUUUGUCCCGAUUUUUACGACAGUGAUGAAGACCACUUUUCUGAUGACUGUGAUUACUAUGACUUCAAGAAGAGAAUAAAAAGCAUGAACUCACAACCAACAAUCCUAACUGAAGCUGAAAAAUUAGAACAGCAAAAGAAAUCUACAUAUUCUGCUGUUUGCAGUGGAAAUAAGGAACUGGUAAUCCAAUACCUAGACAAUGGCUUAGAAAUCAAUGUCAAUCUUGAAGACAACUGGACACCAUUGUUACUAUCAGUUUCAUUUGGCAAUGCAGAAAUCACAAGCGAACUCCUCAAACGCGGAGCUGAUGUAAAUAAUCGCCGAGAUGGCCUGACUGCCCUUAUGAUGUCCUGCAACUGCCCAAAAGAAACAUCACCAUUUAGAGAAUCUUUAAAAGUAAUUGAAAUGUUGGUUGAGUAUGGUGCAAACGUGAAUGCAAUCAACAGAAAAAGGAUGACAGCCCUUAUGUUUGCUGCAAAUGUGGGAAAUUUACCAGCAGUCAAAUACCUAUUGCCAUUAUCAAAUAAAAAUGCAGAGGACAAUCAGAGAUGGACUGCCCUAUUUUGGGCUGUCAAUGGAAAUAGCAUUGGUGUAGUGGAGUACUUGCUGCAAGAAGGUCUGGAGUACACUGUACCUGAUGUCAGAAAUAUCACUCCACUGGCUUUGGCUAAAAAUAAUGAUUUCAUGAAAAUAGUGGAAUUGUUUCCACAAGAGGAAACUGACAUCCUCUCCACUGUAACAAAUACCACCCUGCAUUCCUAUGAAGAGAUCUUUUUGCAAAAUGAAGGAAAAACACCUGAUUUCUUUUUGGAUAUCUGUAAUUUCCUGCGCAGUGUGAAGAGUGAAUCUACAAUUAAAGUUUUUGUUGACAGUAAAACUACUUUGAGUGACUUUUUAACCAUGUCUGAGUAUGAUCUAAAGACAAUAGGCAUCAAAUUACCCUACCAGCGUUACAGAAUUCUGGCAGGUAUUCACAGAUUCCACAAGCAUCCAUUCCACCCAAAAUCAUUACAUAUUGUUCCUUUGGCUCAAGUGUACACUAACUUAGAUGUAGCCACAGAACUAUUAACAGUUAUCAAACAACUACUAGCCAUGGAUGCAGGAUUGACAUACAUAAUGAAGAAUGUAAUUCCAGAAGAUUUUUCUACUUCAGAAAUGGCAUCUGUGAGAAGAAAUAUGGAUAACAUUAGAAUCAGAUUGAAGCAGUGUAAAGCUGUGGCUGAAAAAUUAACUGUGAGAACCAAACAAUGGGACAAAGAAGUGAAACCUGUAGAUCUUAUUACUUCAAAGUCAAAGAACUAUAGGUUACCUUGGAGGAAAAUUUUGGUCUCAUUGUCAGUUCUGUCACUACUGUUAGUACUCAAUAUAAAAAAUUAA